GCCAGAUUUCUCGACAUGUCUCUAUCAUUCAAGGGCCACACUGUUGUUGUGACUGGGGCUGGCGGCGGUUUAGGGAAGGCCUAUUCUCUUCUCUUCGCCUCUCGAGGCGCCAACGUGGUUGUCAAUGAUUUCAAUCAGGCAGCGGCUCAAAAGGUCGUCGACGAAAUCAAAGCUGCUGGCGGGAGUGCUGUCGUAAACAGCUCGUCGGCAACAGACGGUGUCGCAGUCAUCAAGACAGCAGUGGACGCCUUUGGCAGCGUCACUAUUCUCAUCAACAAUGCUGGUAUUCUUCGGGAUAAGGGGUUCAAAAAUAUGUCGGACAAAGAGUGGGACCAGAUUCAGGAAGUGCACCUGAAGGGUGCCUUCGCGUGCACGAAAGCUGCCUGGCCCAUCUUCCGCAAGCAGAAGUUUGGACGUAUAGUGAACACUGCCAGCGCCGCCGGUUUGUUCGGGAACUUCGGGCAGGCCAACUACAGUGCCGCAAAGAUGGGUCUCAUCUCUUUCACAAAAACCCUUGCACGAGAGGGUGCGAAGUACAACAUCAAGGCAACGGCAAUUGCACCUAUGGCUGCGUCCGCCAUGACCGAGACCAUCAUGCCUCCCGAAAUGCUCGCCAAUCUCAAGGCAAGUCAACGUAAAAUGACUCAAAAGCUUAUGGCAUUGACAGUAUCACCACAGCCUGACUUUGUUGCCCCAUUUGUUGUUGCCGUCACGCAUCCGGAGGGUCCAGAAUCUAGCGGCAAAGUCUUUGUCGUUGGUGCUGGAUAUGUUUCCGAGAUUCGCUGGGAACGUAGCAAAGGCGCUAUAUUCAAGACGGAUGCAUCAUUCACACCAUCAGCGGUCAAACAACGGUGGAGAGACCUCACCGACUUCACCAACGCUGACCACCCAGAGAGCAUGGCAGACACAGACAUUGUGUCAAAACUUGAGCAAGCAAAGAGUCAGCCAGCCAAUACUCAAGCAUCGCCGGAGGUCCGAUUCGAUGGCAAAACGGCCAUCAUCACUGGUGCCGGUGCCGGCCUUGGCCGGGCAUACGCCUUGAUGUACGCUCGUCUCGGCGCUAAUGUUGUGGUCAACGAUGUCAGUGAGAAGGGUGCACAAUCCGUUGUCGAUGAAAUUAAGCAAGCUGGCGGUAGGGCUGUUACUGCUGUUUGUUCAGCAGAGGACGGCGAUGCUUUGGUCAAGGCGGCUCUCGAUACAUUUGGCGGAGUGCACAUUUUAGUCGCGAAUGCUGGCAUCUUGCGCGACAAGUCAUUCACUGCGAUGACUGAACCCGAAUGGGACGCAGUCAUCGCAGUUCACCUAAGAGGAACUUACAAAUGCGCCAAGGCUGUAUGGCCAAUCUUCCAAAAGCAGAAGUACGGCCGCAUUGUUACGACGGCCUCAGGUGUUGGCAUCUACGGUAAUUUCGGACAAGCAAACUAUUCAACGGCAAAAGCCGCCAUUCUUGGUCUCACAAAGACGUUGGCCAUUGAGGGCAAGAAGUAUAAUAUUCUGGCCAACACCAUUGCUCCUUCCGCGGGCACUGCAAUGACGAUGACGAUCUGGCCCAAAGAGAUGGUUGACGCAUUCAAGCCGGAUUUCGUGGCUCCUGUCGUCGGGUAUCUGACUAGCUCAGAUAAUGAGGAAACCACAGGCUCUCUGUUUGAAAUUUCUGGGGGUUGGGCUGCACAGACUCGCUGGCAACAAGCCGGAGGUCACGGGUUCCCCGUUAAGAAGCCAUUCACUCCAGAAGAUGUUCUCGCCAAAUGGAGUGUGAUCACGAACUUCGAUGACGGCCGUGCAACACAUCCUACUUCAACGCAGGAAGGCAUGGAGCAGAUCAUGGCGAACUUCGGAAAUGAGGGUGCAGAUUCAUCGGAGGAUGGCCCCUAUGCUGACCCCGAGGACGCCGACAUCGUCAAGGAGGCGAAGAAAGCUGUGCCUGAGCUUGUUGAGUACAAUUUUACGGAGCGUGAUGUCAUCCUAUACAAUCUUGGGAUUGGAGCGACCGAGAAGGAGCUCCAAUGGACCUAUGAAGGUCAUGACCAGUUCUCGGCCCUUCCAACCUUCGGUGUAAUUCCCCAGUUUCUGGCCAGUGGAGGCCUGCCUUUGGACUGGUUGCCGAAUUUCAACCCUGCAAAAUUACUUCACGGAGAGCAAUACCUCUCCAUUAAGGCACCUAUACCUACAAGUGGCGAACUCGUGAGUGAAGCAAGACUCUUUGAGGUUCUGGACAAGGGCAAGGCAGCAGCCGUGACAUCCAUUGUGGAAACCAAGGACAAACAUACGGGCAAGGUCAUCUUUGAGAACCAGUCGACCGUUUUUAUCCGUGGUGCCGGAGGGUUUGGGGGUAAACGUAAUGGCAAAGAUCGCGGCCCUGCUUCUGCUGCCAACACGCCCCCCAAGAGACAACCUGAUGCUGUCGUUGAGGAGCAGACCGUGCCUUCACAGGCCGCUCUCUAUCGCCUUAGCGGGGAUUCCAAUCCAUUACACAUCUUGCCCGAGUUCGCUGCAGUAGGAGGAUUUGAUAAGCCCAUUCUCCAUGGCCUCUGCUUCUUGGGCAUUUCGGGGAAGCAUGUCCUGAAGACCUUCGGUGAAUUCAAAGACAUCAAAGUCCGGUUCGCCGGCGUCGUCUAUCCGGGCGAGACCCUCAUCACCGAGAUGUGGAAAGAGGGCGGCAAGGUCAUCUUCCAGACCAAGGUCAAGGAGCGCGGGACUACUGUCCUGGCCGCGGCUGCGGCGACACUUGUAGACUCCGGCAAAGCUCUGAAAGCAAAACUAUAGGGUUGUAUCUAUGUAGCUCACUCUAUAACAUGUCAUUGCGAGGCACUCUGUCUUGUUGUAUUUGUCUCUCUUGUGUCCCAAACACUGCACAGCCAACAAUAUAUAUGGUGUACACCAAC